AUGCGAUUGGACCACCUUUCCAACGGCGCCGAGCCUCCAAACAAGGGCCUGACCGAGGAUGCGCACCGUUUCCGUCAAGUGAUCUCCGAUCUCGCGGACAAGAAUGAAAGGCUCGUGUUGCUCGGCCACUCCUAUGGUGGAAUGGUCAUCUCUGCAACCUGCACGGACCUGGGUUUUCAAGAGAGACAGGAUGCUGGCAAGCCUGGAGGUGUCAUUUGUCUGGUAUACAUGGCCGCAUUUGUCGCCGAGCGAGGCAAGAAUCUCAAAGACAUGGUUGGCGGUCAAUUGUGGCCGUGGAUGCUAGUUGACGGAGACUAUGUCCGCCUCGACCCUAGUGUGGACUUGGUUCAAGAUGUACCUGAGGAAAUCAAGGCUUCAAGAGCGAAGCACCUGCUGCCCCAUAUUUGUCUCCGUUCGUUUACCGAGGAAGGUACUGAGGAGCCCUGGCACACUAUACCCAGUGCCUAUAUCAUUUGCGACGACGAUCUGGCACUUCCACCGGCGAUCCAAGACUCCAUGAUCAAGUCACUUGUUCAUCCGCGCGUUUUCCGCUUAAACAGUGGUCACUCGCCCUUUCUAAGCAUGCCAACGGAGAUGGCCGAUAUCUUGUUUGAAAUAUGCUCUCAGUCCUGA